UUUGCAUCUCAAGGUCGGAAAACGGUUCAAUCGGCUUCUAGCAACGAAGAAAAAAUGUACGAAUCGAUAGGUCAUCCAGGAAAGAAUCCAUGGAAAAGGACAUCCGCUGAGGGAGGGGCGUACAGCGCCGUUCUGCCGUUGCUCUAUACGUUCGAUGCAUUUAAUCCAUCCUAAGCAAUUUUGGCAGGCUAGGGAAAAAGAAAAGAAUAGUAUUCGCAAGCCCAUUUCGACAAUGAAGACAUCAGACUUGCCGCUGUGGAAGGACAUGCCUGCCGUGCCAGGAAUGCCUCACGGCUUCGCAUGGGGCUUAUUCGACAAGGAUGGCAAGCGUGACGAGCUGGGCACGCUGAACAAGCUGUCGCCAGAAGCCGUUCUUGCCGCACGUGACGAGAUCAAGACGGGCGUGUCCGUGUCGCUGAACUGGGGCCUCGAGAAGCAGCACCAACCUGGAUAUGGGCGCAGCAGCCUGCAGCACAGGCUCGUGGACUGGAAGAAGAAGGCCCUGGAGCUGGGCACGCCGCCUUUCUUCUCUUACGACGACGAGAUCAGCGUGAACACGCAGGCCGGCAGCCAGUGGGACGGGCAGCGACACUGGGCGCACCAGGCCACGGGGUUGUACUACAACGGCCUCGCGCACGACGAGGUGCCGGACAGCUGCCACCUCGGCGUCGACCACUGGUCCAAGGCGGGCGGCAUCGUGGGGCGCGGCAUCCUGGUGGACUUCGCCUCGUACGCGGAGGAGCGCGGCAUCGCGUACGACCCGAUGACGGCGUACAAGAUCCCGCUGGACACGGUGAAGGCGAUCGUGGCCGAGAAGCGGAUCGAGAUCCGGCCGGGCGACAUCCUGCUGAUGCGCUCCGGCUGGGUGAAAUGGUACGAGGAGCACUCGCAGGACGAGCGCACGCAGAAGAUCUCGCACGGCAGCGCCUGGAUCGGCAUGGAGGCCAACCAGGAGUCCAUCGCGUGGCUGUGGGACAACCAUUUCGCCGCCGUCGCCGGCGACAGCAUCGGCUUCGAAACCGCGCCUCUGGAUCCCGUCUACUCUUUUCAUGACAACUGCAUUGCUGGAUGGGGGAUGCCCAUAGGGGAGAUGUGGGAUCUAGAGGCUCUGGCAGACGAGUGCAAGAAGCAGAACCGAUGGAGCUUCUUCCUCACAAGCGCGCCGCUCAACUUGAAGGGCGGGGCGGCGUCGCCUCCGAACGCGAUUGCCAUCUUCUAGCGUAGAAUUCAUUUCAAACGAC